AUGAUUCCCCUUUCCAAACUUCAUGACAAAAGUGGUGGACUUUUUGUGAACGAAGAAGUCAAGAUUGUCGCAGAGGUAGAUGUUCUUGAUGUUAUUGGCAAAUUAGAUGUACCGGAAGAGGCUGAGGAGGCAACCCAACCUCUGAAAAAGACAAAGCUAAACAAUGAUGGUGAUGUGUCUAGUCAUAAGGAAACUUCAUCAGUAAAGGAAAGCAUUGAUGUCAAUGGGUUUCAAGUUCUUCCUUCACAGGCGGAAUCUGUGAAACAUAUAUUCGAAAAACACCCAAACAUGGCAUUAAACUUCCCAGCAAAGAACCAAGAUCUGAGGACAUCAUGCAUGAAUGUCCUCCUCAACCUAAUCAAGACGCUGUGCCAGUCACUGCGAGACCUUUCCAUUGAUGACCUUGGGCAAGCAGACAAUGCACUAACAUACCUGAAAAAUUCGGGCUUUAAGGUGGAUUGGUUGGAGCGUAAACUGGAGGAAAAGUGCUCAGACAAAGAAGCUCGGCUGGAGAAAGAGAAGGAAGAACUAAAGGACUUGAAGCAGAAGUGUUCAGACAUAGAAGUUUUGCUAGAGAAAAAGAAGGAAAAGGUAUUGGCCGCUAGAGCUCCUUCUCUAACGUUGGAUGAUGUUGUCUGA